CCUGUGAAUCAUCAUUACUUGCACAAUACUUAAUUGUGCAAGUAAUGAAUUCUCAUUUAAAUUAUACUGAUCUUGUCAUUGUGAAAAAUAAAUAUAUGUUUUCUCCUUAAUGUUCACAGUUACAUUCAUCUGUGGAUGUCCCGUUAACGGGUCGGUAUUUAUGUAGGCUUCAACAUAUCUCAAGAGGCACAAAACUUCAGUGGAAACGCGUAUUUUAAAGCUGCGGUGUCAAAAUAUUACCUCCCAAAAUGUGCUGAGAAUUUACAGCUCUUGAAGGAAGGCUGUGCACUUAAAGGAAGUCUGCAAGCAAAACUCAGUUUUAUGGCAAAAGAAAAUACACACGAGUUAGCUUCAGCCUGAGUUUUGUCAGUGAUGUUUUUAUUUUUUUCAGACUGGCCUGAACUGAAGCGGGUGAUAAUGCUGCCAUCUAGUGGGGACCUCAAAACAGCAAAAAUUUAAGCGUCGAAGAAGCUGAGUACCACCGCGACUACCAUCUGAUGCAGACGACUCGUUCGCGUUGCAGUCGUGCUAGCUUUGCUGCCUUGAAUUUUGUCAAACAUCCGUGCGUCGUUUUAGCCUCGACUGUGGAUCUUCUAAAGCUGGAAAUGCUGUAUCUCAUUAAUCAUUCAUGAGCAUUUCCUGCCUCCUAUUUUUAGAAAGUGGCAGAAAGCCACUUAGACUGGAUUUGCCAUUUAAUAUUUAAGGUCUCUUUACACAUUCACGCUCCUGUACCCCCACCCCCUCGCUCUCUCCGUCGCUCUCUCCCUAUCUCUCUCUGCAUCAUGCCACCCAGCUGCUCCAUCCAUCCGCAAACCACGUGACCCAUAUCUCCCAUGCCCUUCAGUAGUUCAUUCAGCAUGAUGGCUGCGGAUGCUGCGGAUGCUCUCUGCUGCAUCCUGCAUCCGCGCCGGCUCCCCCUCAUCUUUCUCACCGUCACCCUCUCCUGUCUGCCGGCCCCGACAGCAGCGCUGCUCGGCGUCCGGCCUGAAGACACCCAGAGCGGAAAGCUGUCCGUGCAGGACGGGAUACUGAGGGCGACCGAGGGGACCCGCUUCAUGCUGAGGGUUUACUACUCAGCAUCUCCUGCUACCGAACACCACACCAGCCUGAAUAUCAGCGGCAGACCGGACGCCGCACUUGCCGCUCCGUGGAUCGCUUUCAUAGAGGAACCAGGUGAGGACAGCGGGGAUGCAGAGAAGCGGCUGCGGUCCAGAGGGAACCCGUGUGAAGAGGAGAAUGCCCGGAGCUCUGACAUCGAGUUGCUGGGCUCUUUCAGAUCAGCGUCAAGUCAUAACUCAGUUUUGGUGGAGCUGCUCGCUAAAGACCUGCGCAGGGACGAGGUGAUCAAGUACUACUCCAUGUGCGCGUUUGAUGGAGUGAAAUGGGAGCACUUAAGCACCAAAGACUUCUGGUUGGCGGUUGUGGAGAGACCCCCAGAGGCGGAUGUUUGGCUCCAGGCCGGGGUGUCGGUGCUCCUGUUGGGGCUGUCUGCACUGUGCAGCGGUCUGAACAUCAGCAUGUUGGCUCUGGACCCGGUGGAGCUGCGGGUCUUGCAAAACAGUGGCACAGAGAAGGAACAGAAAUACGCACACAAAAUAGAGUCAGUGCGUAAACACGGAAAUUACAUCCUCUGCACCGUGGUGCUGGGCAACGUGCUUACAAAUACGUGUUUUGUUGUGUGGAUGUGCCAGAUUUUAGGAAUGACUACUCUCUCAACUGCCUCAUGCACUUUGGGGAUAUUCUUUAUUGGUGAAAUUUUACCUCACUCCGUGGCAUCCAGGCACAGCCUCGCCAUCGCCUCCAAAACCCUUUGCGCGACCCGCCUGCUGAUGCUGGUGUUUUUCCCCAUCGCUUAUCCGGUGUCCAAGAUCCUGGACAUCAUGCUGCACCAGGAAAUCAGCAGCUUUUACACCAGGGAGAAGCUCGUGGCCAUGCUGCGCGUCACAGAUCCUUACCACGACUUGGUCAAAGAGGAGCUCAACAUUAUUCAGGGAGCCCUCGAGCUGAGGACCAAGACCGUGGAGGACGUGUUGACCCCGCUGUCAGACUGCUACAUGCUGUCCUCGGAUGCCGUGCUGGACUUCUGCACUAUGUCUGACGUGAUGCAGAGCGGCUUCACACGCAUCCCCGUCUACGAGAACGAGAGAUCCAACAUCGUGGACAUCCUGUUCGUGAAAGACCUGGCCUUCGUAGAUCCAGACGAUUGCACUCCCCUGAAAACAAUUACUCAGUUUUACAAGCACCCCAUGCACUGCGUCUUCAGCGAUACCAAGCUCGAUGUGAUGCUGGAAGAAUUUAAGAGAGGGAAGUCUCACCUGGCUGUGGUGCAGAGGGUGAACAGCGAAGGCGAGGGAGACCCCUUCUAUGAAGUGAUGGGCAUCGUCACGCUGGAGGACGUCAUAGAGGAGAUCAUCAAGUCGGAGAUUGUGGAUGAGACAGACCUGUACACGGACAAUCGGACCAAAAGGAGAGUGUCCAACCAUGAGAGGAAGCAGCAGGAUUUCUCCAUCUUCAAACUGGCCGAGAACGAGCUGAAGGUGAAGAUCUCGCCCCAGCUGUUGCUUGCCACACACCGCUUUUUGGCUACAGAGGUGGAACCUUUCAGGCCGUGCCACCUGUCUGAAAAGAUCCUGCUGCGCCUCAUUAAACACCCCAGCGUCGUGCAGGAGCUCAAGUUCAACCCCAAGAACAAGCACGCUCCUCAACACUACCUCUUCCAGAGGAACAGACCCGUCGACUACUUCAUCCUGAUCCUGCAGGGGCGGGUGGAGGUGGAGAUCGGAAAGGAGGCUCUUCGCUUUGAAAACGGAGCGUUUUCCUAUUACGGCAUGCCGGCGCUCAUCCCACCCCUGCCCUUUGGUCAGAAGUACAGCUCCCGGGGAAGCGGUCUGAACCAGUCAGAUUCAUUGCUAAGUGGAGGCAGUGUGGGUCAGCUCACUGCAGGAGGAGGGGUCUACUUACCAGACUACUCGGUCCGUCAGCUAACGGAUCUGCAGAUCAUCAAGAUCACCAGGAACCACUACCAGAACGCCCUGACGGCCACCAGGAUGGACAGCUCCCCACAGACGCCAGACCCUGUGGACCCUGAUGCCAAAGGCAGGUCGCAGGUCCCAGAGGCUCGCUCGCACAGCAUCGCCCUCCCCCUCACGCACACACACACUCGGCUGGGGCUGGCCCGCCUCGCUCAUCUCCACCCCCAAGGUGGCCUUCGCAACACCUCGCAGCUCAACGAAAGGAACCGCAUCGUCCGCAGUAAAUCUGACGGGCAGAGGAGUCCGAACGAUGCGGUGUUCCUCCGCAUGGAUGAGAUUCCCUACAUCCACGAGGACCGACCAGAAAGCUACGGAGAGAACGAUGUGCCUACAGAGUCUCAUCCGUCCACAUCUCCCUUCAUCAGCUCUCUGUCUCUGUCCAGCUCAGAGGAGAACAUCGGAAAGAAGCUACUGCGUAAACUGAGUAACAAGAGGAGGAAAAAGUCUCGGGAUGGAGACAGGAGUUUGGAGGAAGGGUCAGAGGAGGUGGCGCCAGUGUCGAGCUAGCGCAGUGGCAGUAGGGAAGAAGGACGAAGCACAAGCCCUCGUCCUCGUUAUCACUCGCUGGGUAUCUUCAGUAACAACCGACCCUCUUCACUGGAGACUGAGCCAUCCUGUCUGCUGUAGCCAUCGAUAAUACUCAGGUCCCCACCGACACACAACCCCCUUCUGCCUGACUUCAUAAUCUUCAACAUAGUUUGGAUUUAUCCAGCCUUACACCGGACUGUAUAGGUCCCAGCCGGUUUAAACCGGUAGUUAAUGUUGUUCACGUUACCUUUAUCCAGUUUCUACGAUGUUAAAAUGUGAUCAUUACAUUUAAGCCAUAAUGUGUCACUGAAAUCCCUCAAUGUGGAAACCAACAAGGUCCUUAAACGAGCCUUUACUUGAUCAAUUUAACACACUGAUAUUAGUUAUUUGUUAUUACGAGGCAGUUCCCACAUACUUUGCACAGGGAACUCUUUUAACGUUGCCAUAAGGGCGCCACCUACUGCCAGCACAACUCAACACACCUGCCACUGGCUACACAAGAGCACAAUUUUUACAUGAAAUCAAACGUUUAAAAAAAAAAAAAAAGAAAGAGCCAUGAAUAAAUUAUCAGCUUGAUAAUUAUAUGAUACACGCUGGCAACUUUGAAGAUAAUUUCAUACCAGAUUUUUAUAUAGAGGUGAAAUUAUGAAAAGAAAUAUGAACAUAGCAAUAUAAGUCAUCUCCUCAAAACCGCACUGCCACAUCUUUUCACCUUAAAAGCAUGUUUCCUACAUAAAAUUAUUUUAUUUUUCUGCACAUGUAGCAGCAACUUUACACCCUCACCCCUUUGCAGCUUUUCUCUUGGAGUCGUCACCUUUCUAAAAACCCAUUCAGUAGAAUACUUGAUCACGACACCGUUGUUGAAUUUCACCCACUUAGGGAGGUUUUCUAUGUACCAUUAAUCUCUCACGCGGUCAGUCACUGAAGCUGCAUACACCAUUUGAAAAAUAAGCUUUGGAUCCUCGGAGAUCCUCAUGGAUAUUCUUGAAGAAGUAGUCGCUACUUGCAUGUUUGUUUAAGCUGCUUUAUGUAUAGAAACCCCCCCUGUAGGAAGCCCAGUCUUUCUAGAUGUGCAUGCUUAUGUUAAAAGGAUGCAUGGAACAGGACGAUACCAAUCCUUCUCCCUUCUCAUGUGCAAUCUGUGACUUUCAGAAUCUCUAAGCAAUUGUAGAUUUUAAAAUGAAUCUCGCAAGACAGCGGCCUUAAUUGUUAAAGCCGAGAAAUACACAUUUAUAAACGGGGUUUGCCGUUUUUAUUGAAGGCAGUUUAUGAGCUGCAGCGUCCUGUGAGGUCACACGGUGCUGUUCACUUAAGGAGAAUUUUAAGCCAUUGUUUGAGAGAUCACCUAGUGCUGCAAUCGACCCUUUUAAAGAUGUUUGGCAGGCCGUGCUGCUGAGGAUUGUGCAAUCGCUGCAGGUACACUGCAUAACGGAACAAAGAGUGACAGAGAGAUAUGAAAAGCAAUACGACGCACUGACGUCAAGCCACCGCCUCCCGCGCAGAUUGUGUUUGGGGACGUUCUGUGAUUUAAUUCUUUCUGCCCGCUAAGGCUACGUAAGGCUACUGCACCGCUCAGCUAUAUCCAGUGCAACCACCCCCCGCCAUUAGACGGAGGAGUCAGCGGGAGGUCUUUCCACCUGACGGCUGAGUCGGAGCAAGAGAAUUUAAGUGGAUCAGAAAGCCUAAAUGCCUUUUGAAAAUGUGUGGGUUGGUUUAUGUUGUUUUAGAUUUGCGAGGACCAAGUCACAUUUUGUAAUGUAAAAUCCUGAUUAUAUAAGACACCCAAAGACACAGAGAAACAGACCAUAUGUUCUACACAGGGGGAAAUUAAAUUAUUAAUAAAUUUAUGUAACUAUU